AUGCAGUUCAGGUCUCUCGCUGCCUUCGUUGGCGCUACCUUGGCUAUCGCCGCGCCUGCCGCCCUCGCCGCUCCCUCGUCCCGCAUCUGUGGUAGCACCAACGUUGCCUCGCAGGCCAUCGAGCAGGCUCUCGGCCUCAAGAUCGCCGCCCUGAGCGCCCUGCGCGGCGACAGCUCGCGAUCCUCCGGCGUCCCCUACUCGAACGACACCAGCGCCAGCGACGCUGCCUUCACCUCGGCCCGCAUCCCCGUCUACUACCACGUCAUCACCGACGGCACCAACGGCCGUCUCUCGGACACCAUCAUCAGCAACUCGAUCUCAGCCCUCAACAACGGCUACUCUGGCACCGGCCUCUCGUUUUACCUCGCCGGCAGCGAGACCACCGUCAACUCGAACUGGUUCAACAACGUCAACCAGGGCACCUCGGCCGAGAAGGCUAUGAAGGCCGCCCUCAGGAAGGGUGGUGCCAACGCCCUCAACGUCUACACUGUCAACUUCUCUGGUGGUCUCCUUGGAUACGCCACCUUCCCGUGGUCAUACAGCGGCAACCCGCAGAACGACGGUGUCUGCCUUCAGUACACCUCGUACCCCGGCGGCUCGAUCAACAACUACAACCAGGGCAAGACGCUUGUCCACGAGGUCGGCCACUGGGCUGGUCUCUACCACGUCUUCCAGGGCGGCUGCUCGGGCAACGGCGACUUUGUCAACGACACUCCCCCUCAGUCGACCGCCACCAACGGUUGCCCCUCGGGCCAGGACUCCUGCUCCGGCGGCGGCCCCGACAGCGUCAACAACUACAUGGAUUACUCAUAUGACCGAUGCAUGACGGGCUUCACGGCCGGCCAGACCUCGCGAAUGGGCGCCGCGAUGGACGCUUACCGACUCUGA